AUGAACCCUCCCUCAGAGCCACAAGUCCCUCUGGGCCCGGCCCAGGAGCCCGGCUGCGUGGCCACCCCGGCCUCACCCAGCAGGUGGAGUGGAUCCCGGAGCAGCACCUCCAGCCUGGGCCAACCUCUGCCCGUCGGUCCCACGGCAGCCGGGGCUCAGGCUGAUGCCUGGGUCCCCUUCCCCACAGUUGAUGUUCCAGACCACGCCCACUACACCAUGGGCACCGUGAUCCUGCUGGUGGGGCUCACGGGGAUGCUGGGCAAUCUGACGGUCAUCUAUACCUUCUGCAGGGGUUUACUUCCUGGAGUCAAUGUGAUGAUUAAGAGCAGAGGCCUCAGGACACCUGCCAACAUGUUCAUUAUCAACCUCGCCGUCAGCGACUUCCUCAUGUCCUUCACCCAGGCGCCUGUCUUCUUUGCCAGCAGCCUCUAUAAGCAGUGGCUCUUUGGGAAGGCAGGCUGUGAAUUCUAUGCCUUCUGUGGGGCUCUCUUCGGCAUCACCUCCAUGAUUACGCUGACGGCCAUCGCCCUGGACCGCUACCUGGUGAUCACACGCCCACUGGCCACUGUUGGGGUGGUGUCCAAGAGGUGGGCAGCACUUGUCCUGCUGGGCAUCUGGCUCUACGCCCUGGCCUGGAGUCUGCCGCCCUUCUUUGGCUGGAGCGCCUACGUGCCCGAGGGGCUGCUGACCUCCUGCUCCUGGGACUACAUGACCUUCACGCCGUCCGUCCGCGCCUACACCAUGCUGCUCAUGUGCUUCGUGUUCUUCCUCCCCCUGCUCGUCAUCGUCUAUUGCUACGUCUUCAUCUUCAGGGCCAUCCGGGAGACAGGCCGGGCCCUCCAGACUUUCGGGGCCUGGGAGGGCGGUGGCGAGUGUCCCCGGCAACGGCAGCGGCUGCAGAGCGAGUGGAAGAUGGCCAAGAUCGUGCUGCUUGUCAUCCUUCUCUUCGUGCUCUCCUGGGCCCCCUACUCCGUGGUGGCCCUGGUGGCCUUUGCGGGGUACGCGCACGUGCUGACGCCCUACAUGAACUCGGUGCCAGCUGUCAUCGCCAAGGCCUCUGCCAUCCACAACCCCAUCAUUUAUGCUAUCAUCCACCCCAAGUACAGAAUGGCCAUCGCCCAGCACCUGCCCUGCCUGGGGGUGCUGCUGGGCGUGUCGAGCCAGCGCACCCGUCCGUACACCAGCUACCGCUCCACCCACCGCUCCACACUGAGCAGCCAGGGCUCAGACCUCAGCUGGAUCUCCGGACGGAGGCGCCAAGCGUCCCUGGGCUCUGAGAGCGAGGUGGGCUGGAUGGACACGGAGGCAGCAGCUGUGUGGGGCGCUGCCCAGCAAAUGAGCGGAUGGUCCCCCUGUGGUCAGGGCCUGGAAGACAUGGAAGCCAAGGCCCCUCCCAGGCCACAGGGAUGGGAAGGAGAGGCUCUCCGGAAGAGGCUGCUCCCCAUGUGCCCCAGGGAAGGGGAGCCCUGGGCUGCUCCUACCAUUAUGCGGCUCCUGCCUCCCCCAGCAUUCCCAUCCAGGGAGCACCCUCCCCUGAUGCUCCAGCCUCGAGGAAGACUCACUGCCAGGCCCUGGGCGGGGGUACCGUGCACGGCCACGGAGGCCAGCCCGGCAGGCAGCACCCCCUAGGCGGAUCAAGGGGCUGCUCCCCAGCCUGGACCCCAGGAUGUAGGGUGCCCAAUGGCUCUCCUUCUCUUCUGGGACACAUCCAGCCGCCUCACGUCCCCCUCACACACACAGACCCAGGAUUACCCUGUGAGCCUGCAGGCUUUUGAAGUGGCCGCGGCACCCAUGCUGUGCUGGAUUCACGGCUCCGUACCACUAGACUCCUGCCCUGCUAAGUGGUCUGCACCCACUUCUCAGCUCAGCAGCCUGCACCCCAGGCACAGCCUGCAGAGUGGGAGCGCAGGCCCUCCCGCUUCCAGCAUUCUCCACCUCUCCUCAAAUGCUGUGUGCUGUGAUUGUCCAGGCGAGGACAAUGGUGAUGGCUCCGUGGGACACAUCAGUUAUUUAUGAGCUGCCUCUGCACCCGGGCUGGGCACUUCCCCGGCACAGGAAGGCCAGCACAGCGUCUCCCGCAGCCGGCAGUUGAAGCCCAGCAGAGAUCUGUGUGUGCUGGAAACUGUCCCUCACCUCUGGCUUCUCCCCCCAUGUGCCCUUUCCGCCACGGCCCACGCUCUUGUGCACACACGCAUUUUCGGGCACCUUCUCCUGUAUGUACAUAUUUGCAUGCACACCAAGCACAAACUGCACCUGGGGUUUGUUUCAAAUCAGUGGUCUAAAUUCAUCCCAGGGCUG